ACAUGCACACUGCACAGGCUGUCUGGCGCAGAAUAGCCACUUCAGGAAAUCCCGGAUCAGCGAUUGCAUAAUGUGACCCAAAUCGGAUGCCAUACAGGAUUUUCAGAACGCAUUGUGAGCCAGGCAAGGCAAUCUUUUCAGUCUUCACUAGGUAGAAAACAAGGACCACAGACAGAUACGACUUUUUGGACCGUGAUUUGUGUUAUUUGGACUCAUUCGUGAAUCGUGAACUGUUUCGGUUUUCUAUCGCGGCCUUACAGUCCUUGAUGAAAUAAAUCGAACAUAUUUUGUUCUGGUAUUUUCUUAUAGAAGCUAUUCCCAGCUGGGCAAUUUUUUGUUAUACGAGUAUUUCUGAUUUUCACAUGGAUACCUUGAUUGUGGACGUCAAACAGUGGUCGGGAGUGUCAGAGUUUCAGAAAGAAUGUUACCGCGAGGGAACCCUCCAUGACUUGGUUAUUGUGGCAAACACCAGCAAGACACAAGGGGAGGGUGCUGAAGAUGCGCCGAAGACCACGGAGAUCUUGUGCCACAAAUUGGUUGUUGCAUCCUGCUCGAAGUACUUGAAACCGUCUUGUCUUUCGACGCUUUCACGAACCGUGGAGUUGAACGAUCACGUUCCCUAUGAGCAGGCUAGAGCGUGGAUCGACGCCAUGUAUUUCGGAUUUCUUCGUGCCAGAUAUGCCGAAAUUCCGCUGUUGAUUUCUGCUGCAAAGUUCCUAGAGAUUGAUGAUGAAGUUCUUGUUGCGAUCGCGGUAUCUCUGGGCAAUUACCGAGCCCGGGCUUGUUCUGCAUUGGAAUAUCCAGCACUGAUCCGUGUUCUGGACUUAUUGGACACUUUAGCUACUGAAGACGCGAAAGGACGGUUUGGGCUCGCUUGUAAAACAGCCGCUUACAGUGUCGCUGUGGAAUUGGCCAGUAUUUUAGCUGCCCAUGAGAACCAUGUGCUGAGCGAACUGAACAGCGUAUCCUGGAAAUACAUGCUGGAAGUUUUUAAUGAUGAUUUCCCAACGAAAGCGGCACUCCCCGCUGCUUCGGCUGAAGCAUUUCCCUACACCGUGAAAGACGAAGGUACCGUGCGAACAUUCAGUGUCGGCGAUUCUGCUUCGGAAAACGCGGAAAUCGUUAGUGUCAGCACCGACGGCGGGUUGGUGGACGAUGCGUGGACGUUUUCCUGUUCCCCUGGGACCAUUCUAUUGAAGUUCGCAAAAUGGACACAGGCGCAGAGCCUGGAUAAUGGAAAAGUCAUGGAAUGCUUGCAAUUCGCACUGCAAAAUCUCGCGGUUUCUUGGGAAGAAAAACUUGCGGCUUUUGAAACCUUUUCGCAACGACCUGGUCUGGAAUCGAAUUUAGUGUGGGCGGCCAGUUUUAAAAAGGAUGGCCAGGUUCCGGCCAAUAGGAAAUCAACUCCGGGCAGCGCCUUAUCCACUGUCUCACCGUCGUCUCGUGGCACCGUGGAUUCCCGGGAGGAUGUCCCUGUUACGCCGGCCGAACGGGAGAACACGCGUAAGCGUGCAGCACCGGCUGAAGUACCAGGAGCAUCGAAUCCCAGAAAACGUGGAACCCCUGGAAGCGGCUUGCCGGCCGUAAUGCAACGCUUUCAGUCCGUUGCUUCCAGUGUUCCGCUGCGGUCUGCGAACACGAGAGGCGACAGUGUUCCGACUAAAGGAGUUAGCGCGCGGCCCGUUCGUCGAGCCAACGAGCAAGCCUUGCCAGUGGCCAAGGACAGUGUGCGAGCGACGGGACGCAAGACGAUGACCUACUGAGUAACUCCGUGCUUUAGUUGACAUGCGAAAAUAGAUUGGAUUGCCUUUGAUUUUGACUAAGAAGUUUUAUCCUUGAUGCGAAAAUUAAUAUUGGCUCACUGUGGAUAGGUUUUUAACUAGAGUUUCUAGUUCUUCUGAUAGUGAAAUGAGUAUUGCGUUUGGAUCUUGCGUUUGCAGUAUUUUUUACGGCGACUCUGUUACAGUUCAUGAAUGUCUUAAGCCGAUUUUCUUUUAUCAUUUUAUGGUGCUGUCGA